AGCCCGGCGGGGCUGCCGGAGGUGCAGGUCUGCAAACCAGAGCUGACGGCUGCGCUGCGGGAAAUCCGCACCCAGUACGAGAGCAUCGCUGUCAAGAACCUCCAGGAAGCCGAGGAAUGGUACAAGUCAAAGUUUGCCGACCUCUCGGACGCAGCAAACCGUAACCACGAGGCGCUGCGGCUGGCCAAGCAGGAGAUGAACGAGUCCCGGCGGCAGAUCCAGAGCCUGACCUGCGAGGUGGACGGGCUGAAGGGCGUGAACGAGGCGCUGCAACGGCAGAUGCGGGAGAUGGAGGAUGAGUUCGGGGAGGAGAUCGGGAACUACCAGGACGUGGUGGGGAGGCUGGAGCAGGAGAUCCAGCAGAUGAAGGAGGAGAUGGCACGGCACCUGCGAGAGUACCAGGACCUGCUCAACGUCAAGAUGGCCCUGGACAUCGAGAUUGCCACAUACCGCAAGCUGCUGGAGGGCGAGGAGAGCCGGAUCACCAUCCCACUGCACCCCACCACCUCCUUCAGCACGAGAAGCUCAGUGCUGGAGCCCCAAGCUGCCGAGAGCCCGGCACGGAGGAUGGUGCUCAUCAAAACCAUCGAGACACGGGACGGGCAGCAAGUGGUGACCGAGUCGCACAAGGAGCGAGCGGGGAAGUGACAGAGAGGAGCUGCUGCGAUGGCCCCGAGCCCACGGGGGGGGUUUUGCCAGACCCUGCUGCGUCCUGGGCUGGGCACGGAGCAGAUCAGGGCGGCUGGGAAUGCCCCAGUUCCUAUUUCUGCUGUCAGCACCACGGGACAGCGCUGUGCCGUGUCCCUGUGCCUUUGCAGUCUGUCCCUGUGCCUUGUCCCCCCAUUAUUUAUCGCUAUUUAUUGUUCUCCCAACCACAACCCCAGCUGUGUUUAAUAUCGGGUGUUCCCCGUGCUGCCCUGGGCCCGAGGGGGUCCCGGUCGGAGCUGGCACCGGCUGUCCCCGGGGCUGGCGGCUCCGGUGACAUCCAAGCGUUGUCCCUGCCGUGUCCCUGCCCCGGGGAGUGCGGCAGAAAGGGAACAGAGCCCGGCUGAGGGGGGAUCCGGGGUCCUGCUCUGUCCCAGGACCCCUUUCCACCGCCACAACUCCCACUCCGGGGGUCUCACCUCCCCUCCCGUCACUGGAACCGGCACCGGCUGCCCCCGGGCUUGGCGGCUCCGGUGACACCCGAGCGCUGUCACCGCCUCGGAGGAACCGAACUCAACCCCCUGAACUCUGAAUCCCCGGCGGUUCCGCUCCCUCCCGGGACCCCGCGACUUCCAGAGGCGCCACGGGCACUCCCGGUAUCCCGGGGGGCUCCACGGAAUCUCCGUCCGGAGCCGAAUCGGUGCCCCCGGAGCCUCGCAGGAUCUCAUUCCUUACCGGGACCGCCAGAGAGCGCCAGCAGCCCGCUGCCGCGGCUUAAUUACCUGUUAAUUACUGCUUAAUUACAGCGUGACGAGGCUCUGGGUGUGCGGGGGAAACACCCUGAUUGCUAUGAUUGCAUUAUUUAAAAUUUUUUUUUUUUGCAUGCUUAAUCGCGUUACUUCAACCGAACUAUGCAAAAUUGCGUUAAUGCAAAAUCUGCUCAUUAGUUUUGCUAUUUUAAGCAAUUAAUUUUUUUUUUUUGCACUGUUUCAUCGUUUUCAGCGUUUUUCGCGCCACUGAUUGAAUUAUUUUAAGCAAAUUAUGCACAGUUGCGUUAUUUAAAUAAAUCUUCCACACAUAAUUGC